UGGGCGAUCCGGGAGCAGCAGUGGGCGGACCGGGAGCAGGGAGUGGGACCAGGGAUGUGGUUGCAGUGCAGGGCAACAGGCAGCGGUGCAGGACGACAGGCAUCCCGAUUGACACAUUGGUGGAGAGAAAGACCGCCCUCCUUGAAGUGUCUUAGCCGACCGCACCACCUCAAGAGCCAGGUGAGGAGGCGACGCAAGUGGGACCCUUCAGGCUGAACAGGACCACAAGUUCAACUGACUCUAAGUAGACUCAGUGUGAUCAGAGGAGAUGGCGGGAAAGAUACCUAAAGAUGAGAUGGAGGAGCUCAGAGAGGCCUUCCAGAAAGUUGAUACUAACAGUAACGGUUUUAUCUGUGACUUGGAGCUGACUGACCUGUUUAAAGAAGCUAACCUACCGUUGCCGGGAUACAAGGUCAGAGAGAUCAUAAAAAAACUGGACCGCAACAAAGACAACCAGAUCAGCUUCGACGAGUUCCUUUCGAUCGCCAAGGAGCUGAAGGGUGAUGACAUAGCUAAGAGCUUCCGGAAGGCCAUCAACAGGAAGGAGGGGAUUCUGGCUAUAGGAGGAACCAGUGAGCUGUCCAGUGAAGGAACACAACACUCAUUCUCAGAGGAGGAGCGUUAUGCGUUUGUUAACUGGAUCAAUGCAGCGCUGGAGAAGGACCCUGACUGUAAACACGUCCUCCCUAUGAACCCCAACACCCCCAACAGUUUGUUCACUGCUGUAGGAGACGGCAUCAUCCUCUGUAAAAUGAUCAACCUGUCAGUCCCAGACACCAUUGAUGAGAGGACAAUCAAUAAGAAGAAGCUCACUCCCUUCACCAUACAGGAGAAUCUCAACCUGGCUCUGAAUUCUGCCUCUGCUAUUGGUUGUCAUGUAGUGAACAUCGGAGCUCUGGAUCUGAGAGAGGGGAAACCACAUCUGGUACUGGGCCUGCUGUGGCAAAUCAUCAAGAUAGGGCUGUUCGCUGAUAUAGAACUCAGUAGGAACGAAGCCCUAGCUGCGUUGCUGCGUGAGGGAGAGAGUCUGGAGGAUUUGAUGAAGCUGUCUCCUGAAGAGCUUCUGCUCCGCUGGGCUAACUUUCACCUAGAGAAUGCUGGCUUCAGCAAGAUCAACAACCUCUCCUCUGACAUCAAGGACUCUAGGGCUUACUAUCACCUGCUGAACAUGAUCGCUCCUGACGGCAGCAAAGAGAACGAGCAACGCAUUGAGAUCAACAUGUCUGGAUACAAUGAGAAAGAUGACCUGCGUAGGGCAGAGAGUAUGCUGGUUCAGGCUGACAGGUUGGGCUGUAGACAGUUUGUGACCCCUACUGAUGUGGUCUGUGGGAACCCCAAACUCAACCUGGCCUUCGUUGCCAACCUGUUUAAUAAAUACCCAUCACUCACCAAGCCUGAGGGGCAGGACCUGGACUGGGCCAAACUGGAGGGUGAGACGAGAGAGGAGAGAACCUUCAGGAACUGGAUGAAUUCUCUGGGAGUCAACCCUCAUGUUAACCAUAUAUACGGUGAUCUGUUAGAUGCGCUGGUCAUCCUCCAGCUGUAUGAGAGGAUUAAGGUUGCAGUGGACUGGGACCACAAAGUCAACCGCCCUCCCUACCCCAAGCUAGGGGCCAACAUGAAGAAGCUGGAGAACUGUAACUACGCAGUGGACCUCGGGAAGGCCAAGGCAGGGUUCUCUCUGGUCGGCAUCGGAGGACAGGACCUUAAUGACGGAAACCCCACCCUCACCCUGGCUCUGGUCUGGCAGCUGAUGAGGAGAUACACUCUGAAUGUUCUGGAGGACCUUGGACAUGGAGAGGCUGCUAACGAUGACCUCAUCAUCAACUGGGUCAACAGAACCCUGACUGGAGCCGGGAAGAACUCUAAGAUCUCCAGCUUCAAGGAUCGUGGUAUCAGCAGUAGUCUUCCUGUCCUGGACCUGAUUGACUCCAUCCAGCCACGCAGCGUGAACUAUGACCUUGUCAAGACUGGAACGCUCUCUGACGUCGACAGAUUGGACAAUGCCAAGUACGCUGUGUCCAUGGCAAGGAAGAUCGGAGCCCGUGUGUACGCCCUACCAGAGGACCUGGUGGAGGUGAAACCUAAGAUGGUGAUGACUGUGUUCGCCUGCCUCAUGGGACGGGGUAUGAAGAGGGAAUAGCACUUCAGCCACACCAUCAGCCUGUGCCUCAGCCUCUAGCCUGUUUGCUAAAAGGCUUCUGGUUUAAACAAUGAAAACAGCCAUAUUAUAUUAGAUACAUACUGAUUGAAUGACAGUGGCCAUAUUGCUCCACAGCUGAUUUGAUGACUCUGUAUAUCUGCCUUUAACUUAAGACACUGUGUCACACUGUAUGUGAUGCUGUAGCUUUUCGUUGAACAUUAGACUGGACUAUGGCUGUUAAAGGACAUGUCAUGGGGGGGAUGACUGGAAUCGCUCUCACAACAGUUCUUAGUUCAGAGAUUGGACUAGAAGUUUCUGUAGGAUUAGAGAGAGAGAGAGACAGAGAGAGAUAGAGAUUGAGAGAGACAGAGAGAUAUAUAUAUAUAUAGAGAGAGAGAGAGAGAGAGAGAGAGAGAGAGAGAGAGAGAGAGAGAGAGAGAGAGAGAGAGAGAGAGAGAGAGAGAGAGAGACAGAGACAGAGACAGAGACAGAGACAGAGACAGAGACAGAGACAGAGACAGAGACAGAGACAGAGACAGAGAGAGAGAGAGAGAGUGUGUUGCUUUGAUUCAAAGAUUUUUCAUCGAAUGGCCUUAAGGUUCAGUCGUAAACGGGUCCCUAUGUCCCUAGUUUAGAUUAUUGACCAAAUUACACAAAACAUACCUACACAAUAGAGUAUUCCAUGUUAUUAGUAUGUUUGACUGGUAUAUAUGGCAUCCCAUGUUAUUAGUAUGUUAUUAGUAUGUUUUACUGGUAUAUAUGGCAUUCCAUGUUAUUAGUAUGUUUGACUGGUAUAUAUGGCAUCCCAUGUUAUUAGUAUGUUUGACUGGUAUAUAUGGCAUUCCAUGUUAUUAGUAUGUUUGACUGGUAUAUAUGGCAUUCCAUGUUAUUAGUAUGUUUUACUGGUAUAUAUGGCAUCCCAUGUUAUUAGUAUGUUAUUAGUAUGUUUGACUGGUAUAUAUGGCAUUCCAUGUUAUUAGUAUGUUUGACUGGUAUAUAUGGCAUCCCAUGUUAUUAGUAUGUUUUACUGGUAUAUAUGGCAUCCCAUGUUAUUAGUAUGUUAUUAGUAUGUUUUACUGGUAUAUAUGGCAUUCCAUGUUAUUAGUAUGUUUGACUGGUAUAUAUGGUAUUCCAUGUUAUUAGUAUGUUUUACUGGUAUAUAUGGCAUCCCAUGUUAUUAGUAUGUUUUACUGGUAUUUAUGGUAUUCCAUGUUGUUAGUAUGUUUUACUGGUAUAUAUGGCAUCCCAUGUUAUGAGUAUGUUAUUAGUAUGUUUUACUGGUAUAUAUGGCAUUCCAUGUUAUUAGUAUGUUUGACUGGUAUAUAUGGCAUCCCAUGUUAUUAGUAUGUUUUACUGGUAUAUAUGGUAUUCCAUGUUAUUAGUAUGUUUUACUGGUAUAUAUGGCAUCCCAUGUUAUUAGUAUGUUUUACUGGUAUAUAUGGUAUUCCAUGUUAUUAGUAUGUUAUUAGUAUGUUUGACUGGUAUAUAUGGCAUCCCAUGUUAUUAGUAUGUUUUACUGGUAUAUAUGGUAUUCCAUGUUAUUAGUAUGUUUGACUGGUAUAUAUGGCCAUGCCUUUAACAGAAAAGUAGCCAAUCAACUAUGCAUAAACAAUCUUUUUUGUUGUUGAAAUAAUGUAGUCGUUGAAAAGCAAAGCUUUAAAUGUCCCUGACCAGUUAGUGUUGUGUAAUGGAACCUGUUAAAACAAUACUAUCGUUGCUGUGGUGAGGAAGGAUUUGGGGAGAGAAACUGGAAGCCUGUCUGUGUUACAGAGUCCUGUCUAUACAGACGCCAUGCUGAUCCUGAACGGAUUAAAUACAACUCUUCAUGAUA